GCGCGGGGCCGGGCCGCGGGGACGAUGGGGACCCCCUGGCGCUUCCCGGUCCGCGUCUGCUGGUCCCGUGUGCGGAGCCUCGGGCGCCCGCCGCAGCUGCGCCGCCUCAGGCCGCUGGGGUGCGACCGCGGGGCCAGGGUCUGCUGGCUUCUGCUCGGUAGUUUGCCCAGGCUCCUGUCCGCCUCCGGGGACGUGGCCGAGGGGGUCCCCGACGGCGUGGGCCCGCCGAAGGCCCGCCGGGGCGACGUGGCCGAGAGGCGGCGCGGGGCGCGGGGCCCCGGGGCGGGGCCGCUGGGCCGCGCGCUGCUGCCGCUGCGCCUGUGCGUGCGAGCCGGCCUCCUGCUGGCCAAGUUCCUCCCGCUGCUGCUGCUCUACCCGCUCACCUACCUGGCUCCCGGCCUGGCCGCGCUCUGGUUCCAGCUGCUCCUGAAAGCCACCGAGACCUCGGGCCCCACGUACAUCAAGCUGGGCCAGUGGGCCAGCACCCGGCGCGACCUCUUCUCCGAGGACUUCUGCGCCCGGUUCUCCAAGCUGCACGUGCAGGUGACGCCCCACCCCUGGGCGCACACGGAGCGCUCCCUGCUCGAGGCCUUUGGGAAAGACUGGAGCCACGUCCUCUGUUUCGAGACCCAGAAACCUGUGGGCUCCGGCUGUGUGGCCCAGGUGUACAAGGCGUUCGCCAGCCCGGCCCUGCUGGGAAAGGCCGGCGGCCCGCGACCCCGCGACGCCGCCGCCGCACCCGGGCUGCUCACCAGGUGCCGGGAGGCCUUUGGGCAGCUUGGGCAUGAGUGGAAGCCUCCGGGAAAUCUUGCGGACCAGUCGUUUCUCGAAAAGCUGCUGCUUCCUGAAGCUGCCGGGGUUGGAUCCCACGUAGCAGGGUCACAGGUGCGCGGCGGCCCGCCCCAGCCCGGCCAGCUCAUCCCCGUGGCCGUGAAAGUGCUGCACCCCGGCCUGCUCUCUCAGGUGCAGAUGGACUUGCUGCUGAUGAAGAUUGGCAGCCGAGUCCUUGGGCUUUUGCCAGGCAUCAAAUGGCUUAGCUUGCCUGAAGUUGUGGACGAGUUCGAGAAGCUCAUGGUCCAACAGGUUGACCUGCGUUACGAAGCUCAGAAUUUAGAACAUUUCCAAUGCAACUUCAAGAAUGUGACGUCUGUGAGAUUCCCUACUCCUCUGCGUCCCUUUGUUGCCAGAGAUGUCCUGGUAGAAACAUAUGAAGAGAGCGUGCCUGUGUCCAGCUACCAGCAGGCAGGGAUUCCCGAGGACCUGAAGAGGAAGAUUGCAUGGCUGGGGAUCAACAUGCUCCUGAAGAUGAUCUUUGUGGAUAACUUUGUGCACGGGGACCUUCACCCGGGGAACAUCCUGGUCCAGGGUGCUGAUGGACUGUCCCCAAGCCAGGAGGAGCAGCUGCAGCAGGUGGAAGUUGGUGACACGCUGACAGUGGCCAUGGUGCCCGGCCUACGCCCCCUGCGACUGGUGCUGCUGGACGCUGGCAUUGUGUCUGAGCUGCAGGCCUCUGACCUGAGCAAUUUCCGGGCAGUUUUUCUGGCCGUGGUGAUGGGGCAGGGCCAAAAAGUGGCUGAGCUCUUCCUGCGUCAUUCCCGGGCCAACGAGUGCAAGGACGUGGAGAGGUUCAAGGCUGAGAUGGCCACGCUGGUGACCCAGGCCAGGAAGAACAUCAUUGCCUUGGAACAGCUACAAGUUUCCAAACUUCUCUCCAAUGUCUUUAAGCUACUGAUGAUUCACAAGGUAAAGCUUGAGAGUAAUUUUGCUUCAAUUGUGUUGGCCAUUAUGGUGCUGGAGGGGCUCGGCCGCUCACUGGACCCCCAGCUGGACAUCCUGGAGGCAGCGAAGCCUUUUCUUCUCAAAGGAUCAGUAUCUAUCUUCUGACCUGGGCAGUGGGCAGGACAUGGAGGCUGCUGCCAAAGGCCUGGCCUGUGGUAGCUGGUGGUCUAGAACCUGAACUGUUUUCUGGGUCUGUGAAAAGCUUUGGGUUAAGUGGGAAUAAUGGGAAGAAGGCUCUGUCUAUGCAUUUGGGGAGUGGGGCCUGGUGCUGGGGGCACCAUUCCAGUGAAAAUAUCCUACCCAAGUGGAUGAAUAGAAUGUUACUUGUUUGA